UUGGCCGGAUCUUCUCCUCUCUCUCCCGAAGUCAGUGCACCCAUCUGUUUCUACUUUCCUCAACAAAGAGUCACAAUGCCUCACUCUUACCCUUUCCUCACUCCUGAUCAGAAGAGGGAGCUCAGUGAGAUCGCUCAUUUGAUUAUUGCUCCUGGCAAGGGAAUCCUUGCUGCAGAUGAGUCAACUGACAGUGUUGCAAAGCACUUCCAGAGCAUCGAUGCUGAGAACACAGAGGAGAACAGGAGGUUGUACAGACAGCUACUGUUCACUGCUGACGAGCAUAUCAACUCUUGCAUUGGUGGUGUGAUUUUCAACCAUGAGACCCUCUACCAGAAGACUGAUGAUGGCAAACCAUUUCCCCAUCUCAUCAAGGAGAGAGGCAUGGUGGUGGGAAUCAAGGUGGACAAGGGUGUGGUCCCCCUGGCUGGCACAAAUGGAGAGACAACUACCCAGGGUCUGGAUGGGCUGUAUGAGCGCUGUGCUCAGUACAAGAAGGACGGGGCUGACUUUGCCAAGUGGCGUUGUGUCAUUAAGAUUACUCCCACUACUCCAUCCCGUCUGGCCAUCAUGGAGAAUGCCAAUGUCUUGGCCAGAUAUGCCAGCGUCUGCCAGAUGAAUGGCCUCGUCCCCAUCAUUGAGCCUGAGAUUCUGCCUGAUGGAGAUCAUGAUCUGAAACACUGCCAGUAUGUCACUGAGAAGGUCCUGGCUGCUGUCUACAAGGCCCUGUCCGACCACCAUGUCUACCUGGAGGGCACCCUGCUGAAACCUACCAUGGUGACAGCUGGACACUCCUGCCCACACAAGUACUCUCCUCAGGAGAUCGCUGUGGCUACUGUCUGCGCACUGCGUCGCACUGUGCCCCCUGCAGUUCCUGGUAUUGCCUUCCUGUCUGGAGCCCAGAGUGAAGAGGAUGCCACUAUUAAUCUUAAUGCCAUGAAUAGGUUCCCCCUGUACAAGCCCUGGGUGCUCACCUUCUCCUAUGGUCGCGCCAUGCAGGACUCCGCACUCAAGGCCUGGGGAGGCAGGAAGGAGAACGGCAAGGCUUGCCAAGAAGAGUACAUUAGGACAGCAAUGAGCAAUAGCGAGGCUUCCAUUGGAAAAUAUGUUUCCUCUGAAGACCAUGGCACUGCUUCUGAUGAAUCUCUUUUUGAGGCUAUCUAUGCCUUUUAAACACGGGCAUGUCCACAGUCUUGUUAUUGCUCCUCCUCACAGAAAUGGUGACCACAGCCCCUGCAGUGUUCCUUUUCCUUUCCUUCCUUUUGUUCCAUUUGUGAUAUCACUCCGGCGAGAGAGAAUUUCAUGUCACCUUUUAACAUCCUCCAGCCAAAAAGAAAAUUAUAAAUAAUCCGCCUCCAUUCCUUUCUGAGAUGCAUAGACGUCUUCCUUUAUGAUAUCACUUCAUGUU